CCCCUAUUUUUUGUUUUCUAGUUCAUCCAACGGUGAGCCCGUGGGUGUUGUGGGCACCGUCGCAAGCGCUCGACUGGAACGAAUGAUUGCUGAAAAGAAAAAGGUCGAGGCUGAAUUGGCCAACGCACAAAAGAAAGUGGAGAGUUUGACGAAUGAGAAUGCCAAUGUGAAGAAAAAGAAUCACGAGAUCGAGUGUAAACUUUUGAAAGUUAUGAUGGCUGAAAAUAUCCAAAAGCCAGAAAAGGUUGAUGUAGAAACUAAACAUGAGUCGAGUAUUGACGUUGCGACGGAUAAUGGACAGCAACCCGCCUUCGGGCAAAUAAAGUGUAAAAAAAGCGAGAACGAUGAUGUCAUUGUAGCCAGUGAAACAUCAACAAAGUCGCGUGAAGUGAAAUCUGAUAAUUUCAAACAACAAAAAUGGAAUGAAAAUGAAAAUUAA